AUGCAGUUUGAGGAUGAGGACUUGGAACCGCUCAGAUGUGACGUUGGCAGGUGGGAAAGAAAACAAAAGAGAGACGUCAUUUCCGUUAGACUGGCGUUAUUGGCCCUGCUGGUCUGGGGCGCUUGUCUUCUUUUAAAAUUGACAGAUUCCGGGGGCUCUGGCACCUCUCCUUCUUUCUUGUCUUUCAGAUGGCCUUGGCCAUUUUAUUCAGGGGAACCCAGCUUGAACAAGAUAUCUUUUGAGAACGUUCGCAAUUCAACGUUCGUUCCUCAGUUGCAUUCUAUUCAGUGGAUCGAAUCUCUCAACUCCAAAGGAGAUGACAAUGGGCUGUUUUUAAAGGAAGAAAAAGGCAGUUAUGUUGUGAAAUCAGUAUUUGACCAAAGCUACUCAAAAGUUCUUCUAGACUUCAUGAACUUUCAGCACAACGGUCACAAUUAUAGUGUCGAGUAUGUGAAAGCAUCUCCAGACCUGUCGCAAGUUCUAGUGCGUUCCAACACGACCAAGAGCUGGAGGCAUUCGACUUUCGGGUCUUACUUCCUUCUGAAUAAAAGCAAUGGUGCUUUGAAUCUUUUAGGCCACGACCUAGCCAUUGUUCGGUGGUCCCCAAACUCGAAGGAUUUGGCCUAUGUCCACAACAACGACAUUUAUCUGUAUUCCGCGGAAACACAUACAGUGAGUGAACGUGUCACUAGCGAUGGGAGUGCACAGGUUUUCAAUGGCAAACCUGACUGGGUUUACGAAGAGGAAGUCUUUGAAGGUGACUCUGCGUUGUGGUGGUCUCCUAAAGGUGAAUAUUUGGCUUACCUUAGAAUCAACGAGACCCUGGUGCAUGAAUUUCCAAUUCCUUAUUUCGCUCAGGAUGAGGCUGAUAUCUAUCCCGAGGUUCGCAAAAUCAAAUACCCUAAAAGCGGGAGUUCAAAUCCACAUGCAACGCUGAAGGUUUACGAUCUCGAGAAUAAAAGAGUGUCUGCGGUCGAACAUGGAAAUGCAUCGACCUUAGUGACAGAGGUACUGUGGGUCGGGGACUCUAAGAUUCUGGCCAAGACGAGUGAUCGUUCUUCCGACAUCCUUUCCGUACUUCUAGUUGAUGCCGCUGAGAAAGCGGCUCUACAGGUACCAAGGGAAGAACCCUCGGAAGGGGGAUGGUGGGAAAUCACACACAAAACACUGUAUGUCCCUCAAGAUUCUUCGAAGGAAAGGGAUCACGACGGAUACGUAGACCUCGUACCAUUUAAUGGCUUCAAUCACUUGGCGUACUUCUCUCCAGCGAAUUCUACAGAUCCUGUAAUGUUAACUGGCGGGGAUUGGGAGGUGGUAGACGGUCCAGCUGGAAUUGACCUCGAAAGCAACGAAGUAUACUUUGUUGCCACCAAAAAAUCGUCAACGGAGAGACACAUAUACAGUGUCAACUUGAAUGCACCGCUAAUUGUCAAAGAAAUAUCCGACACCACCCGCGAAGGCUACUUUUCGGUGUCUUUAUCAGCCGGCUCCAAGUUUGCCCUCAUGACCUAUUUGGGUCCAGAGGUUCCAUAUCAGAAGGUGGUACGGUUCGAAUCAAACUCAAGUGACAAUUCGAAGACUAGCGCCAUAGUUGAAAAGACGUUAUUCUAUCUCGAAGAGAAUGAAAUAUUGAAGUCAAGACUCGGAAACUAUACCAUACCUGAAAAAACCUUCAAAGAACUAUAUUUAGGAAAAGACAAAGAGGAAAAUGACAUCAUAGCCAACUCUUUUGAGAUCUUGCCACCCAAUUUUAACCCGAAAUUGAGAAAUCAUUAUCCGGUCUUUUUUUAUGCUUACGGUGGCCCCAACUCCCAGCAAGUUGCGAAAACUUUUUCCAUUGGGUUCAACCAGGUUGUCUCAUCACAACUAGAUGCAAUUGUUGUAGUUGUUGAUGGUCGUGGGACAGGUUUUAAAGGCAGAAAAUUUCGGGCCCUUGUCAGGGACAAUUUGGGUGACGUUGAAGCACAAGACCAGAUAAGCGCCGCAAAAGUCUACGCAGCCAAGUCCUUUGUCGAUGCAGAUAAAAUUUCACUUUUCGGGUGGUCAUACGGUGGAUAUUUGACGCUCAAAACACUUGAAAGAGACGCGGGUCGGACCUUCAAGUACGGAAUGUCAGUGGCGCCUGUGACCGAUUGGCGAUUGUACGACUCUGUUUACACCGAGCGGUACAUGCACACUCCUCAAGAAAACAGAAAGGGAUAUGAAAAAUCAAAGGUUCAUAAUGCCACUGCCUUGGGACAAGCUACAAGAUUUUUACUGAUGCACGGAUCCGGGGACGAUAAUGUGCAUUUUCAAAACUCUCUGAGGUUCUUAGACAUUUUGGAUCUGGCAGGAGUCGAGAAUUACGACAUGCACGUUUUUCCAGAUUCUGACCAUAGCAUCCGUUACCACAAUGCGAACAAUAUAGUCUUUGACAAGCUUCUAAACUGGGCGUCUCAGGCGUAUGACGGCAGGUUUCUAAAUUGA